UUGAGUUUCAUUUUUUUAGAUCCCGACCCACCUGUGUUCUACAUUCGAAAUAUCACGUUGGACACCGUAGAAGUGGAAUGGAAGCCGUCAAAUCACAAUGUGUGGAAGAUGCCUGGCUCGUCGUUCUUCGUCAACUAUUCUCUAGCAGAUUCUACAGAAUUCAAGGAGUCUGCUACCAUCUACCUCCCGAAAACACAGCUGACGGUCACAGGACUUCAAGAUGGUUCAACAUAUCAGUUCAUUGGUGUAGCCAAGGAUGGAAAUCGAAUGUCGUACAGUGAACCACGAACAGUCACCACAUAUAGCAAGGAGAACGUUUCUCAUCUCAAUCAGGUUUUAGAAUCACUGCGAAGUGCUGCGUGGUUUGUGGCAGUGCUUUGUGCUGUAGCAGUUGCUCUUCUCACAGUUCUUAUCACCUGCUGUUGUGAGGAGCGACGGGGAAGGAACUACGCUGUUAGGAGAAAGGAGAUGGAAAUCGGUCAUCAAGUGCAAGUUGACGAAGAGCAACAAUUUCUUGAAUAUCAAUAUGGGUAUAAGUCGUAG